UAGCACCAGGUGGAAGAAGUGUUGGGUUGCAUAACUUGUAUAAUUACCAUUAUAUGAUCUUGUUACAAUUUGUGUAUCUUAGAUGUGCAUCUAAGCAAAAAAGAAAAAAAAUGAGUUAUCCAUAUGGGACUGGUUACCCUUCUCAACCAGGGUCGCAGGUACACACCUACCCACCUUACCCAGGUAGUCAAGGGAAUCAACAGUCAGCUGUUGGUUUUAAUGUAAACAAUGUAGAAGGUUAUCCUCCUCCAGUAGGGGGAGCUUAUCCUCCAACAUCAGGAGGUUAUCCUCCAAUACCUGGUGGAGCCUAUCCAUCUCAAGGAGGAGGAUAUCCCCCAUAUUCAACAGGGGAAAGUUAUCCACCACCCUCUGGAGGAGGCUAUCCUCCUUCAACUGGUGGUAGUUAUCCCCCUCCUCCUGCUGGUGCAGGCUACCCUCCACCAACAGGAGGAAGCUACCCUCCACCUUCUGGUGCAGGCUACCCUCCACCAACAGGAGGAAGCUAUCCUCCACCUUCUGGUGCAGGCUACCCUCCACCAACAGGAGGAAGCUAUCCUCCACCAUCUGGUGCAGGCUACCCUCCUCCAACUUCAGGCUAUGGAAGUGGUUACUCACAAGGUCAAAAUCCACCAGUUAACUUGAGUAGUUUCACUACACACUAUCCAGGCCAACCUACAGGAGCACCAGCACAAUCUUUAUAUCCUCAGCAUUCUCCAGCUUAUCCCGGUGAUUUCAAUCGAAGUGCAUCACCUCUAACUAGUGGAGGAAGUGGACAUGCUAAGAUGUUAUCUUUGGAACAAGGCACAGUUGUACCAGCAAAGCCAUUUGAUCCACAGGCUGAUGCCCAAGCCUUACGAAAAGCCAUGAAAGGAUUUGGAACAGAUGAAAAGUCUAUCAUAAAUGUGUUAACUCGAUGUGUCAACUCACAAAGACAGCAAAUUGCUGUUUCUUAUAAGACCCAGUUUGGAAAGGACUUGAUUAAGGACCUCAAGAAUGAAUUGAGUGGAAGAUUUGAAGAUGUAAUUUUGGCCAUGAUGACUCCCAUGGUAGAGUUUCUAGCCUCGGAGAUACAUCAUGCUAUUUCUGGAGUUGGCACUGAUGAAGAUUCUCUGAUUGAGAUCCUUUGUACCAGAAACAAUCAUGACAUACGGGAAAUAAAAGAAUCAUACAAGAAAUUAUAUCGCCAAUCUUUGGAAAAUGAUAUAAAAGGUGACACUUCAGGUGACUUCAAGCGUUUGCUGGUUUCUAUGACAACUGGAGGAAGAGAUGAAAGUCCUGCAGACCCAGCUAAAGCCAAAGUGGAUGCUCAGAGUCUCUACAAUGCUGGUGUUGGUUGUUGGGGAACUGAUGAGUCAACAUUCAAUGCUAUUAUGGCAUCUCGAAGCUUUGCUCAUUUGACCCUUGUGUUUUCUGAGUAUCGUCAAUUAUCUGGACAUACUGUGCCUCAAGCUAUUGAAAAGGAAUUUUCUGGGAAAGUGAAGCAAGGAUUGUUGACCAUUGCAAAAUGUGUAGAGAACAAAGUUGUAUAUUUUGCUGAGAGGAUACACAAAAGCAUGAAGGGCAUGGGAACUGAUGAUCAUACGUUAAUUCGUCUUAUUACAACUCGUUGUGAGAUAGACAUGGUACAGAUUAAGCAGGAGUAUCAGAAAUUGUUUGGUAAAUCCUUGGAGCAUGCCAUUUCUAGUGACACUUCUGGAGACUACAAACAUGUUUUGAUUGCCCUGGUAGGAGGAGCCUAAAAGAAAGAAACAGUUCCCAAAGUUGUGUUUUCAUUACAAACUUGAGUGUAAAUUUCUGAAUUUAGUUAAAAUAUACAUUCAAGAGAUAUAAAAAUAUAAAGUUUUUGCAUGUUGUUUAAAUCAGAGUUUUAACUAUUGCCGUUUCAAAUAUGAUAUCUGUUUGUUGUUGUUGUUAUAAUACUAAAUCUUUGGCUGCAAACAAAGUAUAUUUAUAAUAGCCUAUAUACCUACAGAUUUCCUAGUUAUAUUUUAAAUGAGUUGUCAACAAGUUAUUUUUAUUGCACAGUGUCUUUCAGAUUUUUCUGAGUGUUUCCUUUUAUAUUUUUAUUAUAUUUCUAAUGGUUUUAUAAAGGUAUUUAUUGAAAUUGUAACUUUAUUAAGUUUUAUAUUAUGAUCAACAGUUAUGUUCAUGUUACUGAAAUAUAUAUCAAACUUUAUCCUCAAUAUUUGUUUCUGUUAACUAACAGGGUAAAAGAAACAUUAGUUGACUAACUUUAGUGAUAAUUAUGGACAUCAUUUAUGUUGAAAAUUUAAAGUUUUAGAAAUAUCCAAUGUUUAAUAAAUGAAAACCAUGUGUUUACUAAAAUUAUGGACUUAAAUUGAAUCCAAAUAAUUUUUAAUUAUCAGGUUAUAUAUUCAAAAGCAAAUGAGCAGUAGAACACUGUGUUAUUGAAAAUGUAUGUCCUAACAUAAUUUUUCUGAAAUUCAUAAAAACACAUGGAAAUUAUAUUUAUAAGCAUGUUGCAUUUACUUUAACCUAUAAGAAUUUAUUCUACCAAAAAUCUUUUAAAAGUUGGAGUUAGUUAAGUUUUGCUCUCUUUUUAUUUUUUAAUCGGGUAUUAUUUCUGUACUGGAAACAUCUUUCAGCUACAGCUUAUUUACUAUAGUUUCCUAUAUUUAGUUACAAAAAUUGUUGGAAUGUUUUACCAGGUGUAAAUUUUGCUGAGUUAACAUUCUCAAAAGCUUGAGUUUUACAGGUUGACCUCUCAGUCUGUGGUUGACUGAAGCUUUAAAAAGUAAAACAACAACAAUAAAACAUUAUAUUGAAAUGAACAAUACAAAAGAAAUUAUUUUGUUAUGCAUUUUUAAUGUGUCAAAUAUUUGUUUAACUAUCUCAGUCAGAUCAUAGCGUUUUUUUUUUAUGUAACUGAAAUUUGAUGUUUAAACCCUAGUGCAUUCAGGACUAAAUUUCAAUAAUUCAACCAAUAUACUCUUGGCAGUCAUUCACUAAUCAAUAAAUGUCUUUUCAUAUAUUGACUAAUAUUUAUAACCUACAUUUCUUUACAAACUCUGCCAGAAUUGCAAAGAAAUACUUAAAUGACAUCAUGUUUUAUUAAUUGUUUAUGACUGAUCCUAAUCAAUAUCGAAGAAAUAGUGAGUGUUAUUAGAAAUGCAAUAUAAGGGAUGCUUGUUUUUGAUUUAAUCAUAUUUGGCAUGAUUAAUAACAAUCAGUGUGGGAAUUAUAAAUGUUUAAAUGUUUUUUUCUUAAUUUUGUCAAGUGUUAUUAAACUUGAGAACUAUAACAUUUGAUUUAAAGAAUUGAAUAAAUUUCAUGACUAUUAUCA